AGUGACUUAGAAGUUAAAACGCUACUCAUCUUUGCUUCCAUAUAUAUACAACUUGGGCUUGGAAUUGGAUACAUCCGAUACAUCAAGUAUUUGAUGACAUGGAAAGAGAGUCAUCAGGGAUUGUCAGCUUAAUGCUAAACAUGUGCUUAUGGCUUGCCCUGGUUCCAUUCUUCAUUACUCAGGCUAAUUCAGCACAAGACAAAUCUGUUGCAAGGGAAGUUCUUGCUGAUAAUAACCCGGGUUUCAUAAGCAUUGAUUGUGGAUCGAACAUCGAUUACUUUGACAAUGAUACUGGAAUUUGGUAUCAAACAGACCAAGAGUUUGUGAAAACAGGAACGAAUCAUCUGGUUUCAUCCACUGUGAACUUAAACUAUGUUUACUUUGCGAGACGGUUGAACACGUUGAGAUGCUUUCCAGAAGGAGAAAGGAACUGCUACAAAUUGGAACCAAAGCAGGGCAAAAACAAUAGGUAUCUCAUCAGAGCAUUCUUUUCAUAUGGAAAUUAUGACGGCAAAAAUGAAAACCCAGUUUUUGAACUGCAUCUUGGAGUCAAUUUUUGGAGAAAGGUUAAUGUAAGUGCUUAUUUCACCUUCGAUGAGGUCAUUCUCACUUCCUCAUCUGAUACUAUAGAUGUGUGCCUUGUAAAGACUGGCCCAACAAUCCCUUGCAUUUCUUCAUUGGAAUUAAGGGUUUUAAACAGUUCCAGUUAUCAGAAUCAGAUCAUGUCCGUCAGCGAUCCACAACCACUGUUAUUAUAUCAAGUUAGGACUGAUGUUGGUUCCCCACAAUUGCAAUCGCCUGAUAAUGUCGAAUUCUUCAGGUACAAAGAUGACGCGUAUGAUCGGGUAUGGAGGUUUGACUCAAAAUACAAUGAGAAUGGAUGGUAUGACCUAUAUUACAAUGAUGUUGACAUUGGAACCAACAAUGGUGCUUAUAAAUUGCCAGCCCAAGUUUUGAGGAGUGCAGCACGAUCAUGGAAUGUUUCCUAUUCCUUGGAAUUUAACUAUAACGAUGAGUUUUUAGACCUCGACUGGCCUUAUCAGUAUUAUGUCUGCUUCCACUUUGCUGAAAUGGAGCAACUUCCACAUGGCAAAAAAAGAAUAAUCAAUAUCACCCUAAACUCCAAAACCUCACAACCUUUGGUUCUUGAAUACUUGAAGCCCGUUACUCUUGAAUACGUAACUCAAGGUGAUGUGCGGUUUACCAUUAGUGCAACGCCACAAUCCGACGCUCCUCCUAUCCUCAAUGCCUACGAGAUCUAUAAGGUCAUAACACAACUUGAUUCACCAACUCAAGCUACAGAUGUUGGAGCUAUUCAGGAUAUCAAAAACGCGUAUCAGAUCACUAGAUUGAAUUGGCAAGGAGACCCAUGUCUUCCAAAGCAAUAUGCGUGGGAGGGUCUCAUUUGCAGCUCUGACACUAAUCCAAGGAUCAUAUCUUUGAACCUGAGCUCAAGCAAACUGACAGGGGAGAUAAAUACUUCAUUCUCAUAUCUUACAGAACUAGAAUUCCUGAAUUUGUCACACAACGAGUUGGAAGGACCUCUGCCUGAAUUUCUGGCAGAAUUGCCAAAGUUAAAAGUUCUUACUCUGACAGGGAACAAGCUUUCUGGUCCAAUUCCUAAGGCUCUCAAGGAUAAGGCAGAUAAAGCUUUGCAAUUAAGUGUGGCUGACAAUCUUGAUCUUUGUAUGACGGGUUCUUGCAAAAAGAAGAACUUUGUUGUACCACUCAUUGCAUCACUUGCAGCUUUAAGUGUAACCCUCUCGAUUUCCCUUGGAUUUUGGAUAUUUAGAAGAUUUAAAGUUGUGCAUUCUGAUACCAGUUCACUAAAAUCAAAACAUCGAGCAUUCACUUACGCUGAGAUUGUCAAAAUUACUGAUAAUUUCAAAACUACUAUUGGAGAAGGAGGAUUUGGAAAAGUUCACUUUGGCAUUCUACAAGAUCACACUAAUGUGGCGGUUAAGGUGCUUUCACCAUUAUCAAUGCAAGGUUACAAGGAAUUCCGAUCAGAGGUACAACAUUUAAUGACUGUUCAUCAUAGAAAUUUGGUUUCUCUCAUUGGGUACUGUGAUGAAGGUGAAAUUAAAGCGUUGAUUUAUGAAUACAUGGCCAAUGGAAAUCUCCAGAAACACUUAUCUGUGGAAAAUCCAGAUGUCUUAAACUGGACUGAGAGACUUGAUAUCGCAGUUGAUGCAGCACAGGGACUAGAUUAUUUGCAUAAUGGAUGCAAACAACCUCUUAUCCACAGAGAUCUGAAGACUUCAAACAUAUUACUAGAUCAAAACAUGCAUGCCAAGAUAGCUGAUUUUGGUCUAUGUAGAGCUUUUGGAAAUGAUACUGAUUCUCAUAUAUCAACUCGUCCAGCUGGUACACUAGGUUAUGUUGAUCCACAAUUCCAGAGAAUUGGAAACUCAAAUAAGAAAAGUGAUAUCUACAGCUUUGGAAUAAUUCUACUCGAGUUAGUCACUGGCCAAAAAGCACUAGCAAGAGUACACGGGAAAAACAUUCACAUACUUCACUGGAUUGUUCCUAUAGUUGAAAGAGGAGAUAUUCAAAGCAUUGUUGAUCCUAGGUUGCAGGGAGAAUUCAAAGUUAGUUCUGCAUGGAAAUUUGUAGAAAUUGCCAUGUUAUGCACUUCACCAACUGCAGCUGAAAGGCCAGACAUGAGCAAAGUGUUGGUUGAGCUAAAGGAAUGUCUAUACUUGGAGAUGACGGUUGAGGGAAUCAGUGAAAGAGCAAGAACUGUAUCUGGAUUGACUUCUCCCUCAGUUAGGUAGCCACAAUACGACAUGAUCUUUUUAUAGUGUGUUAUUCUAAAUGUCCUCAUUUAUAUCCUUAGUUUGUAUUGUUUCUUUUUAAACCUUUCUAACAAUAAAGUCCAAGAGGUAUAUGCAA